GAACACAUUAAUGAAGGGUCUUACCAUUGUGUUGUUAUUCCAUUUGGCAUUAUGUUCUAUGUUAACAAGUUCUAUUGCAGUAGACACUUUCUCCCCAUCUGAACCCAUCAAAGAUGGUGAUACCAUUCUUUCAUCUGGAGGAAAGUUUGAACUGGGAUUCUUCAGCCCCGGUAACUCCAAGAAUCGAUAUUUGGGAAUAUGGUACAAAAAUGUUUCGAAUGGCGCCGUUGCCUGGGUUGCAAAUAGAGAUACAUCACUUAACACUACUACAGGCAUUGUCGAAGUCAAUAGUAGCGGGAUCCUGCAACUUGUUUCUGUUGGUAAUACUAAUACCACUAUCUGGUCAUCUUCUGUUGUAUCAUCAAAGAAAAUUAUUAAUCCAGUGGCAAAGCUUUUAGAUAAUGGAAAUCUUGUUAUAAGGGAGGGCAGCAGGACUUUAUGGCAAAGUUUUGAUUACCCUGGAGACACCUAUCUUCCGGGUAUGAAAAUCGGUAUGGACUUCAUUACAGGUAUAGACAGAAAAUGGGUAUCAUGGAAGAGCCUUGAUGAUCCUUCUCCAGGUCCGUACGUCUUGUGGAUGGAUACAAAUGGUUUCCCACAGGUAUUUGAGAAGCGCAGUUCGGUUUUGCACACAAGGUUUGCACCAUGGAAUGGGGUUAGCAUUAUUGAUCUUCCUAGAUUGACAGGAAACCUAGCUUCAGUUAUAAACGAUUUUGUUAUGAAUGAGAAGGAAAGAUACUAUAUUAUUGAAGUUGCUGGGUCGAUUGUGUCAAAGGCGUAUUUGAACCCUGAUGGCGAUAUCAAACUUAUGACUUGGAAUGACAGCACCCAUACUUGGCAAACCAUUAUAGCUAUCGUACUUAAUGAUAGUUGUGCACCAUAUGGACUAUGUGGUCCAUACGGGACCUGUAACAUUAGAAACCAAGUCCCCAUUUGUAGCUGUAUGGAAGGAUUUGCGCCCAGACGCCCAGAGGAAUGGAACAUGGCAAACUGGACAAGUGGGUGUGUACGGAGAACUCCUUUGGAUUGUGGUAAUAAGAAUGGUAAUGGGAGUGUGUUUAAUAGAGUUUCUGGCGUGAAAAUCCCAGAUACCCGAAGUUCAUGGUACAAUUUGAGUAUGAAACUAGACGAAUGUAAGACGGAGUGCAGGAGGAAUUGUUCUUGUACAGCGUAUGCAAAUUCAGAUAUUACAAAUGGUGGAAGUGGAUGUCUGCUAUGGUUUGGUGAUCUAAUGGAUGUUAGAGAAUCGGAUGGCACUCAAGAUCUUUACAUUAGAGUGGCCCUCCCUGAAUCAACAAGUCCUACAACCCCUGGCUCCGCUUCCAACAAAAAGAAAACCAUAACUAUAGUGAUUGUGUCAACCUCAAUAUGUUUGGUCCUGGCUGUUGCAACUCUUGCAAACUGUGUAAGAAUAAAGAAGAAAAGGGAUCACAUGAGAAGACAAGGUAAGGCCUGUUGGUAA